GUGUGUUUCCUUCUGGAAGUGCCUACUAUUGUUCCUGACCUGAGUUUGAGGAUCACCUCCUUAUCUAUCAUGUCAUAUACACGUUUGGUUAACGAUCCGGACGGUAUGCAAGGGGACUACAUUCCUCUAAGGAACCCAACAAAGAUGAAGACAUGGGUGAAGUGGUUUAUCGGUCUGCUGGUCGGGGCAGUAGUUGUCGUAGUUAUUGCUGUCCCCGUGACGCUGCUGGCAACUAAAGAAGAAAAAAAGCCAGAUCCUCGUAAAACGUACACACUGGACGAUUACUUUGGUGAUCAACUAAGGACAAAAUCAUACAGCCUGAGGUGGAUUUCAGAUUCUGAAUAUCUUCACCGCUCUAGAGAAAAUAAUUUACUUCUCAUCAACGUUGACACUGGAGAGUCAAAACCAAUCAUUUCAAACACCACAUUUAAUAACAACAAUGGAUCUUACUAUGACCUGUCUCCAGACAAGAAAUAUGCCCUACUGCAGUACAGCUAUGCGAAGUUAUGGAGACACUCGAAUACAGCUUCAUACAGAAUAAUUAAUGUAGAAUCUCAAUCUCUUAUCGCUGAACUACCUCAAAAUAUUCAAUAUAUUACAUGGUCUCCUGUUGGCCAUAAACUAGUAUAUGUUUUGGAAAACAACAUUUACAUAAGGAAUGCUCCAGAGGAGGGGAGUGUCCAAAUUACCACCAAUGGAGAGCACAACAAGAUCUUAAAUGGCAUACCAGAUUGGGUGUAUGAAGAGGAAAUGUUUAGCACUAAUUAUGCUUUAUGGUGGUCACCAAAUGCAACAUUUUUGACAUAUGUAGAGUUUAAUGAUACAGAAGUGCCAAUAAUAGAAUAUUCAUUCUAUGGAGAGGAUUCAGAGCAUUAUCCACAGACAGUUCAUAUUCCAUAUCCUAAGUCAGGAGCGAAAAACCCCACAGUGAGACUGGUUUCCGUAAACACAGAAUCCCUCACAAGCCUAGUGUUUAAGGAAAUUCUUGCACCACCGGAAAUUCGAUCUGGUGACCAUUACAUAUGUGGAAUGAACUGGGUGACAGAUGAUAGAUUGGCAGUUCAGUGGAUGAAAAGAAUCCAAAAUGUUUCCGUUCUUGUCAUCUGUGACCAUGAAAAUGCUUCUACAACCUGGAACUGUGCGACGCCCAUUUAUGAGGAGAGCCAUACUGGCUGGGUUGGAAAUUUUGGGCCCAGCGAUCCUUACUUCACAUCAGUAACCAAAUAUUACAAGAUCCUUAGCAAUGCAGAUGGUUACAAGCAUGUGCACUUCUUUUCAUCAAGGGCGGGAGUUGAAAUAACUAAAGGAAAUUAUGAAGUGACCAGUAUUGCCAAAAUAACAGAUGAUUACAUGUUCUAUAUAAGUAAUGACGGAGGGUACCCAUCAAAACGACACCUUUACAAGUUAAAGUUGGAUAACACUUAUAGUCCACAAUGUAUUACUUGUAACCUGCGUUCUGAUAGAUGCGAUCACUACUCUGUGUCGUUUAGUACCAAUGGAAAGUAUUAUGCUCUAUACUGCAAUGGACCAGGAGUCCCGAUAUACACUUUACACAGCGGCAGUGACAAUAGGGAAAUAAGAGUUUUUGAGAGUAAUGAGGAGCUAAAGGUCUUACUUGAAGAUGUUCAGAUGCCUACAAAAGAACAUGGCAACAUUUCCCUCCAUGGAUAUAAUUUGUGGUAUCAGAUGAUCUUACCUCCUCACUUUGACAGAUCCAAGAAAUAUCCUUUAUUAAUUGAUGUUUAUGCUGGACCCUGCAGCCAGAAAGUUGACCAGUAUUUCAGGCUAAACUGGGCUACGUACUUGGCCAGCACUGAGAAGAUUAUUGUGGCCAGUUUUGAUGGUCGAGGGAGUGGAUAUCAAGGUGAUAAAAUCAUGCACGAGAUAUACAGGAAGCUGGGGACAGUAGAGGUUGAAGACCAAAUUUCAGCUGGCAGGCACUUUGCAUCCUUGGGGUAUGUUGAUGAAACCAGGAUGGCUAUUUGGGGAUGGUCAUACGGAGGUUAUGUAACUUCUAUGGUGCUUGGCAGUGGAAGUGGUGUGUUUAAGUGUGGAAUUGCAGUAGCCCCGGUCUCAAGCUGGUUUUACUAUGAUAGUAUUUAUACAGAGAGAUACAUGAGCCUGCCUACACCAGAGGAUAACCUGGAGAGUUAUGAGAAUUCGACGGUCAUGGCUAAAGCAGCGAUGUUUAAGGAUGUUGGAUACCUCCUCAUCCACGGCACAGCAGAUGAUAAUGUGCACUUCCAGCAAGCAGCCCACAUCUCAAAGGCACUUGUAGAUGCAGGAGUAGACUUUGAAAGCAUGUGGUAUACAGACAAAGACCACGGAAUAAGCGGUUUGGCAAACAGACACAUCUACACCCAUAUGAGUCAUUAUCUGAAGCAAUGCUUUAAUCUGCAGUGAUCAAAGACAAUCUAUUCAUUUGUGCCAUGGUUGACCGGUGGACUGUAGCCAUUUUGAAUCCUUAGGACAACCAAAGAAGCAACACACAAGGCAAAUAACUUGGAAAACUACUGUAGGAAUUAAUAAAUAAAUUAGGAGCACAGUUAAAUGGACAUGCUUUCAGUCAUGACUGAAAGCGUGGGUGAUAUUUAUGAAGAUCUCUCGCCCACUAAUUCUAAAUUAUAUUGCUAAUUAGGAGAGUAAACUAUUUAUGUAUGAAUGUCAAACUUGUACUGUGUUUUCUAUUAACCAAAUUAGGAAGGAGAGUUCUGGAGAAAAGAUUUUGUAUACUGGAGAAUAUGGACUCUUAAUAUGAAUAUGUUUCAUAUGUGUAUUAAGUAGCUUGUAAUGUAAAAGGGAUGUACUCGACAAUACUGUCCCAAUGAAA